AUGAACUACAAUUUUAAAAUUCCAGGGCGGGAACGCUGGUCGCAGUCCCAGUAUAUGCAAUCCAGCCAAUCAAAUUACGAUCAUAUUGAUGAGUUCGACGAGUUGAAUACGCAGCUCACCGAUAAGCUCAGCUUGGAGACUGACUGGAUAUUUAGCUUCAAUCAUUCUAAUCAAUUCCCUCAAAUAAAUAGCUCAGCUCACUCGCAGAUCACUAAUGCUGCAAAUCAUUCUUCUAGGAAUGCUUCCGAAGCUCACCUUCAGAAUCUAUUCCACUCAAAGCCAAACACUUUCCCUGCUUCUUUCAAUACGCCUACUUACAAUCCUAAGACGAGCUUAUCUAAGUUGAGUGGUAACGAUAAUCCUUUGCAUUCUCUCUCAAUCCCCUCAACCGUCACCGUAUGGUUUGGUGGUCUUCCAAUUAAUAUUACGCCUGAAGUCCUUGCUAAGGCUUUGCAAAAUCACGAAUGUCCUCCGAUAGCUCUUCCAACGGUCAUUGAUCGUUCUCAUUGCGCUUUUGCCUCCUUCAUUGAUCCAAACGUUAUUUCUCGUUUGAGCAGUUUCGAACUUGGUGGGAGAAGAAUUAAAUGUAAAGUAAAGCAUGCCACUGGUCAGGUCGCUAGUUCACUUAGUGAUAGGCCUGUCACAAGCCCUGAUGUCAAUCAAUCGCCCCAUUUACCAAACAACUACAAAACAGAGCGAGUGAAGAGACCUGAGUCUGGGAAUACGUCAUCCUUGAACGUAAUCCCUCGUCAGCCUACACCAACUUCAACUUCUACACCUACUCAACUUUAUAAUCACCAGAUUAACCAAUCCGCGUCUUCUACUCCAAGCGAACAUAGUGCCGUUGCAGCAGCAGCAGCAGCAGCAUCGCUUACUGCACUCUCAGUUUUGAAGACACCUCAAGUUAUUCAAGCUGCAUCCGCGCCAGAGGGACCAGGUAGAGAAAUUCUUGAGCAAACACAACACUAUUUGGGUUUGCUUGUUGACGGAUUUCAGACACAGGCGUCAAAUGCAGUGAAUGAAAGUGGAGGGCAAUUCUUUGAGCUGGCUGAGAGCAUCUCACAGAAGCUCAAAGAACCAGUUGUUUCAGUUAAGAAGGAUGAAUCAACAUCAACACCCUUACCGCAAUCUGAAGAGGAGCCAAGUGUAACUUAUACUUGGAAGGGUGAUAAGAGACCUAGGCGCUUUUUCAUUUUGAAAGCCUUAUCCAAGAACGACUUGGAUACGUCGAGACACGAAAAUCGGUGGUCGACACAACCUCAAAAUGAGGAGAUCUUGAACAAAGCUUAUAAUGAAGCAUCUCACGUUAUUCUAUUCAUGUCUGCUAAUAAACAGCGUGGAUUUUACGGGUUAGCACGCAUGAGCAGCAAGAUACCUAAAAGAAAUGCAAAUGAUACUCAGGAGGAAAUGCAGUCUAAUUUACAGGCACACUUCUCGCCACACUUCUUGGACAAAGCUAGUCUUAAAGAUGUAAAGGAUAGUCAGACAAGUUUGGGAAUUGAUGGAUUGCAAAGUAGCGAUGAAGGGCUGAGGUGGUCUGCUCCGGGGCAAAUGCAAGAUGAUUUCUCGCAGUAUUCUCAUCCUUUAGAUCAACCACAGAAUAAGAGUGCACCUAUUGUAGGGCGCGAUCAUUUAGGGCAAGUAGUAGAAAGAGAUAACCGUAUGGUUAAGGAUGGUUAUAGGAGUAGCUUCCUUUCACCGCCUCCUUACCAACAAACGCCUUCACCUAUGGAUGGGUUGCCACCAACAGAUGAGCAAUUGAGACAGAAAGAUAAUGACAGUCCGUAUGCGCGAAAGACCAGAACGUUUGGACAUCCAUUUUCAAUUGAGUGGCUGUCGACACGCCCAGUGCCAUUUUCAAAGCUCAAGGGAAUAAACAACCCAUGGAAUAUGAAUAGACCAGUUAAGGUAUCUCGCGAUGGUACAGAAGUUGAAACAAAGAUAAGUCAGAGGCUUCUAUCUGGAGCGACGUCUGGAUUCGCUGCUGCCGUCGCACUGCAACCGUUCGACGUCAUCAAAACCCGCCUACAGCAGGUAGAGGGGCAUAACGACAGUCUCAGCGAGAAGAAUAUCCGGAAUAUGCGCAAGAUGCUCAAAUCAACGCGAGUGUACGACAUCACAAAGGGGAUAAUCAAGGACGAAGGGCUAGCUGGUUUGUGGCGGGGAACGACGCCUACGCUGUGGAGAAAUGUACCUGGAGUGGCACUGUAUUUCACUUCCCUCCAGUCACUACGCAGUUACAUGAUAUCCACAGGUCUGUUCCAUCCCCAGACACCCUCUAGUCAGGCCACGACGUCUGAAUUCUCGCGUUUGAACGGACGCGGCAAUUUGCUUUCGGGUGCAUUGGCAAGGACGGCGGUGGGGUUUCUUCUCAACCCAUUUACAGUGUGUAAAGCGCGAUUUGAGAGUGAUCUGUACAGAUACAGGUCUAUUCUAGGCGCGCUGGGUGAUAUAGUCAGACAGUCAGGCCCGCGUGGCCUUCUCGCCGGUUUCUCCGCUUCUGCUCUGCGUGAUGCGCCAUAUGCGGGGUUGUAUGUCGUCCUUUAUGAGCGGAUGAAGGAGUAUGGAUCCCACUUACAGGAUAUUGGCAGCAGCAGCGGGAGACACAUACCUGCGCCAGUCAUAUACAGCGUUUCUGGUCUGCUCGCUGGCACUAGUUGCACGCUGAUCACACAUCCCUUCGAUGUAGUCAAGACUAAAAUGCAAAUAUUUCCCAACCAAUAUAAAACACUGUGGGCAUCUAUAGUGAUGAUAGUGAACAAGUCACCACGGUCGCUGUUCGCUGGGAGCGGGAUUAGAAUAGCACGCAAAGCACUCUCUUCAGCGAUUGGAUGGACAGCGUUUGAGGAGUUGGCGAGGUUGAUGAGGAGUAGGAGUACAAGUCAGGUGUAA